AUGUCCACCGAGAAGCGCGUCCGCAGCGCCCAGAUCGCUCGCGAUACCAACGAGACCAAGAUCCAGCUCUCCCUCAACCUCGACGGCGGUUUCCUGGAAGAGCUUCAGAGUGAUGGCAAGACGAACGGCGAGGGACAUGCAUCACAAGCGUCGAAAAGUCAAACAAUAGCAGUAGACACCGGCAUUGGCUUUCUAGACCACAUGCUUCACGCCAUGGCAAAGCACGGAGGCUGGUCACUUCGACUACGAACCCGCGGUGACCUUCAUAUUGAUGACCACCACACUGCGGAGGAUACUUGCAUUGCCCUUGGCCAAGCUUUCAAGCAAGCUCUUGGCACGAUCACAGGGUUGGCGAGGUUUGGAUAUGCAUACGUGCCCUUGGACGAGGCGUUGAGCAGGGCAGUGGUGGAUCUGAGCAACAGGCCAUAUUCGGUGAUUGAUCUGGGAACAAAGAGGGAGAAGAUUGGGGAUUUGAGCUGUGAGAUGUUGCCACAUUGUUUGGAGAGCUUUGCUUUGCAUGCUGGCAUCACGAUGCACAUCGACUGCCUCAGAGGAGCCAACGAUCAUCACCGAGCGGAGAGUGCUUUCAAGGCAUUGGCUGUAGCGCUGAGAAUGGCCAUCUCACCUGUGGCGGGCAGAGAGGGUGAAGUACCAAGUACGAAGGGUGUAUUGUACUAG